AUGAACUUAACCUCUUCCUUGUUGAACGUGGAAACGACCCAGAAUAAUCGUGAUAUUUAUUACGAGACUGAAUAUAUUACUGAUCAAUUUGGUUUGUGUAACUUAUCAAAUUCUCAGCAAUAUUACGAGCGAGAAUCGUGGGAAGAAGAAGAAAGAGAACACGUUGCAUCGGCCCGAGAACAUAAUCCAGCAUUACUCGGCAGAUUGAUAUCAAGACGCCGAAUAAAAGAGGAGCCGAACGACUUAGGAAGAAUCAGUAAGGACAAGAGAUUAGUUAUUAGAGAAGGAGGGAUGCCUCGCAGCAAGCGCCGAGCGCCCUCCAGUACAAACCAUCAUCAUCACGCGUCUACUGAUAUGUCACCAAGUGCCCAUGAGGACGGAAUGCCCAGACAUCCCUCCAAGAGGCUGCGUCACACAUCAAAUGCCAGAAGAUACACAAAAACAGAAGAUGUUCCAGCAGCAUCGUCAUUUGUCCAGAAACGUUGCAUUGCAUGGUUUAGAGAGUACACACCUGCAGAUGAUCCUGAUACCCUGGGUCCUGAUGGAAUGGAAAAAUUUUGCGAGGACAUAGCUGUCGAACCAGAAAACGUAGUGAUGCUUGUACUUGCGUAUAAAAUGAACGCCCGUCAAAUGGGAUUUUUCACACUCAAUGAGUGGCUUAAGGGAUUAUCAGAAUUGCAAUGUGAUACCAUUCAUAAAUUACAGCAAAAACUUGAAUAUUUGAGAAGUCUACUCAACGAACCACACACGUUUAAAGGAAUUUAUAGAUACGCUUAUGAUUUCGCUAGAGAUAAAGAUCAACGUAGUAUGGAUAUGGAAACGGCUCGAGUAAUGCUUCAAUUAUUAUUGGGAAAACAUUGGCCAUUAUUUUCACAAUUCGCGCAAUUUUUAGAUCAAUCCAAGUACAAAGUUAUCAAUAAAGAUCAGUGGUGCAACAUUUUGGAGUUUUCACGAACUAUUAAUCAUGAUUUAUCGAAUUAUGAUUUAGAUGGAGCGUGGCCAGUAAUGCUCGAUGAAUUUGUUGAGUGGUUAAAAAUUCAACGGGGAGAAGGAACCUCGUCGAUGGGAGUUCGAGGCAGCUGA